UUGAGGCUAAUCAAAAUUUAACCAAAUUUCUCUUUGUCUGACAUUUAAACGCCAAGGGACUGGAAAUAAUAUUGUACCCAGUCUUUGCGUGCCAUGUUGUUACAGAUGAUUCGAAACCUCGCUCUACGUGGCUGUCGUGUCUUUACGGAAGUUCACGUGGGUUUCUUUGCGGUGAGAAGGAGCUUGUUUCAUUCCUCGAGGGCAAAUCAACACCGUGAGGCAGGAGUGACCAUGGAAACCAAAGCAGGCAAAUCUGUUAUUUACUUCGUGCGAAAUGACCUGCGUGUUCAUGACAAUGAGUGCUUGUACUGGGCUCAACAGAAUGGAGACUUUGUGAUUCCUUUAUUUUGCUUUGAUAAGAACAUCUUUGGUCACAGUGCCAUGACUUGGCACUAUAAAUUUGCAAAGACUGCAACACAUAGAGCCAAGUUCAUUCUGGAAAGUGUAUCUGACUUAAGAGAAACAUUAAAGAAACAUGGGAGUGACCUAGUUGUGCGCAGUGAGCAGACGGCAAAGGAGGCAGUCUCAGAAGUCAUUAACUUAUGUCGUCAGAAUAAUGAAGGACACAUUUCACUUGUGUACCAGAGAGAAAUCACUAAAGAGGAAACCGAUGUAGAAGCUGAAUUGUUGGAGCUAUGUAAAACCGAAAAUGUCACAGUGAAGUGCUUUUGGGGAUUGACAUUGUACCAUUUGGAAGACCUGCCAUUUGCCUCAGUGCGUUCUUUGCCUGACACAUACACAGGGUUUCGGAAAAAUGUUGAGACUAAAUGCAGAGUGCGGCCCCUGAUUCCAGCUCCAGACAGUCUAAAAUCUCUGCCAGUGUUUGUAGCAAAUGACCACAUUGGCAGAAUUCCAACUUUGAAGGAACUUGUAAAGGAUCAGUCAGCAGAAACAACAGAUGCAAGAACAGCUUUCCCAUUUUCUGGAGGAGAAACAGCAGCUCUUGAUCGGCUUAAUCAUUACCUCUGGGACACGAACCUUGUUGCUAGCUACAAGGAGACACGCAACGGGCUUAUCGGAUCAGACUACUCAACAAAAUUCAGCCCAUGGCUGGCUGUGGGUUCUCUCUCCCCUCGGAAAGUGUUUCAUUGUAUUAAACAAUACGAAACAGAGUGCACAGCAAAUCAGUCAACGUAUUGGGUCAUCUUUGAGCUUCUGUGGCGUGAUUACUUCAAGUUUGUCAGCUUCAAGUAUGGUGAUUCCAUCUUUUACCUGUCUGGAAUUAUGAAGAAAAGAGGGUUACCAUGGAAGCGAGACAUGCCGGCAUUUGACCAGUGGCGAUAUGGCCAGACUGGGGUUCCAUUUGUGGAUGCUAACAUGAGAGAGCUACUGCACACUGGCUGGAUGUCCAAUCGUGGACGUCAAAAUGUGGCAAGCUUCCUGGUGAAAGAUCUCGGGCUUGAUUGGCGCAUGGGUGCAGAGUGGUUUGAAUCUCUUCUCCUAGAUCACGAUGUAUCCAGCAACUAUGGCAACUGGAAUUAUUCAGCAGGCAUUGGCAAUGAUCCGCGUGAAAACCGUAAGUUCAACAUGGUUAAACAAGCCCUUGAUUAUGAUCCAGAUGGAGAUUUCGUGAGGAUGUGGGUUCCAGAGUUGGCUGGUCUUAAAGGAGCUAAAGUCCAUACUCCUUGGAUGUUGUCAACAUUGGAAGUGAAACAUGCCAGUGUAACUCUGGGGGAAAACUAUCCCAGACCAAUGGUUUGUCCACCUGAAUGGAACCGGCACACAUCAAAAGUCAAAGACACUGCAAAAUGGCCAAGGACACAACGUAGAGGAGUUGAUUUCUAUUUCAAGUCCCCAAAGGAGGCAAGCUCAUCGAAGAAAAGACAUUAGUUUAAGGUUUCCAAAGAUCUGGAUUCUUAAGGAGCAUUGGAAUUAAUCUUGAAUACUCUUCCUUAAUUACAUUGACUUAAUUACUUGACCAGAGGCAGCCCAAACUCACAUUGAAAAUUGAGGUAAUUUAAUAAUUUGUGUGAACAUUGUAAGAUUACUCUCUGAAGUACAAAGAACAUGUAAGUGGUGUCAUGUGGCAAUGCAGUCACAGUUGAGAACUACUAUUGUACAAGAUGAUCAAUUCUUGAUGGUCAGCAAUGUAACAUUUAACACUGCUUUCUUAAGCCAGUCGCAUGUCACUUGCAAUGCUUGCAUAAAUUGUUUAUUAUGGUUUACCUCAGAUCGUAUCGUGUUAUUGUUAAGGCACUGGCUGGGCUGCAGUGUCUUGACAAAAAAGUUUGUAAAUGGCAAUAUUUUGUUGUUGUUAGCAAUAAGUACAUGUAGAUUUAAAAGCUCUGGAACAGAAACAUUUUUCCUGACAUCUGAUUGGCUGUUUAUAGUGAGGACACUCAAACCAUGAACACUUGAUACAGUAAGUGUUUAUACUUUUUUUAGUGCCCAUAGAAUGCAGGCUCUUCAUUUUGACAAGAGUAUUUAGUACUUCUACACUGUAAAAUGCUUAUAUCAUACAUGUUAUAUCAAGAGUCUAAAAGUGUACAAGAACGUCAAGUUUUCGCAGUUCAGGUGUCCUUACUGUGAACAAGCAAAAUAGAAGUACACCAUGGGAAAUGGCUUAACAUGCAUUUAGCUUUAAAAUAACGAUUUUAUUCACAGACUUUGCUCCAGGCUGCAAACCAAAAGGAUUACAGCUCUGGGAAAAAGAUGACUAUGUAAUUCGGGCACAUAAUGUUUGUUUUUGUGUUGAAUGUACCAGACAAAUAAUACUAUAAUUUUAAAAUUACUUAUUAAUGAUAUUGUCUACUUAGUACCUAAGUACAAGCAUAUUAAAGUUAGCUACUUAUUUCUGGGCACACAGUACCUUAGCUUAUAAUACAUAUUUCUGUCCUGGAUUUACAAAAUCAUUUUUCGUACAAUAAAGGGUGCAGGUGUUGUUGUUGGUUAAUUUGA